AAUCGCCCUUCUCGUCUGCCUCAAGCCGGUUACAACCGGUUUCAGUGGAAGUGGGAAUUUUCCGCUGUAGAACGUGCGAGCAGAACUGACUUAGUAUUUCUGAACUAAAGAGCUGUUGAUUACUUCAUAACAUUUUUCCAAAUUAAAAAUAUGGCAGCUUUAAUCGAACAGGCAAACAAACUGCUCGAUUUUAAUCAGAAACUCGACAUAAAUCUACUAGACUCGGUCGUAGGAUGCAUGUACUCUGGGAUCGGCCAGGAGCAGAAGGUAGCUCAAGAUGUUCUAACCAAUCUGAAAGAGCAUCCAGAAGCUUGGACGCGCGUUGAUACUAUUCUUGAAUAUUCUACCAAUCAACAAACGAAGUUUUAUGCUCUGCAAAUUCUUGAGACUGUGAUUAAGGCUCGCUGGAAAGUCUUACCGAGACAACAAUGUGAAGGUAUUAAAAAAUACAUUGUAGGUUUAAUUAUAAAGACCUCGUCAGAAGUUGAAACCCUGGAAAAAGAGAAAGUUUAUCUAAACAAACUAAAUAUUAUUCUCGUACAUAUCUUGAAAUAUGAGUGGCCUAGAAAUUGGCCGUCUUUCAUCCCUGAUGUUGUUGGAGCAAGCAAGACAAAUGAAUCUCUAUGUCAAAACAACAUGGCUAUUCUAAAACUGCUAUCUGAGGAAGUAUUUGAUUUCUCCAGCGGACAGAUGACCCAAGCUAAGGCAAAGCAUUUGAAAGAUUCUAUGUGUUCUGAGUUUUCGCAAAUUUUCACCCUUUGUCAAUUCGUCAUGGACAAUUCGCAAAAUGCACCUUUAGUUGGAUCUACACUAGAAACUCUUUUGAGAUUUCUUAACUGGAUUCCACUGGGUUAUAUAUUUGAAACGAAGCUUAUAACAACAUUGAUAUACAAAUUUUUGAAUGUACCAAUGUUCAGAAAUGCUACCAUGAAGUGCUUGACAGAGGUUGCAGCUAUACAAGUUGGCAAGUACGACGAACAAUUUGUUCAACUUUUCACUUUGACCAUGCAACAACUAAAGCAAAUGCUCCCAAUAAAUACAAAUAUGAAGGAAGCUUACAAGAACGGACAGGACGAUGAGCAAAAGUUUAUUCAGAACCUCUCGCUUUUCUUGUGUACAUUUCUUAAAGAACACGGAAAUCUAAUUGAAAAAAGGCGGGACUUGAACGACCUGCUUAUGGAAGCAUUUAAGUACUUACUACUUAUUAGCGAGGUCGAAGAUGUUGAAGUCUUCAAAAUUUGCUUGGAAUAUUGGAAUUCCCUUGCAUCUGAGUUAUAUAGAGAGAGCCCAUUUACUCCCUCUACUGGAUUAGUUUUAGGCAGAAAUGAAUUACCGAGGCGCCAAAUGUAUCAAUCAAUUCUUUCCCAGGUACGCAGAGUAAUGAUUUCACGAAUGGCAAGACCGGAAGAAGUGUUAGUUGUUGAAAAUGAGCAGGGUGAGGUAGUUAGACAGUUCAUGAAAGAUACUGAUUCUAUUCAAUUGUAUAAAAAUAUGAGGGAGACAUUGGUAUACUUGACACAUUUAGAUUAUAAUGAUACCGAAAAUAUCAUGACUGAAAAACUUCACAAUCAGGUAAAUGGGACAGAGUGGUCUUGGAAAAAUUUAAAUACUCUGUGUUGGGCUAUUGGCUCAAUCAGUGGGGCUUUGCAUGAAGAGGAUGAAAAAAGAUUUUUGGUUACAGUCAUUAGGGAUCUCUUGGGUUUAUGUGAACAAAAGAGGGGAAAGGACAACAAAGCUAUCAUUGCUUCAAACAUAAUGUAUGUUGUCGGUCAAUAUCCUCGGUUUUUGAGGGCUCAUUGGCGAUUUUUGAAGACAGUAGUCAACAAAUUAUUUGAAUUCAUGCAUGAAACUCAUGAUGGUGUUCAAGAUAUGGCGUGCGAUACCUUUAUUAAAAUUGCCCAAAAGUGUAGGCGUCAUUUUGUUCAGGUUCAAGUCGGAGAGGUUAUGCCUUUCAUUGAGGAAAUCUUAAACAGUAUCAACACUAUUGUUUGUGAUCUACAACCACAGCAGGUACAUACAUUUUACGAAGCUGUUGGACUAAUGAUAUCCGCUCAAACUGAUCAAACAACUCAAGAACAUUUAAUAGACAAAUAUAUGUCGCUACCUAACCAUGUCUGGGAUUCAAUAAUAAAUCAGGCCAGUCAUAAUGUUGAUAUUCUUCGUGAUGGAGAUGCUGUAAAACAACUUGGAAAUAUACUAAAGACGAACGUUAGAGCUUGCAAAUCGUUGGGACAACCGUUUGUUACCCAAUUAGGUCGUAUUUACUUGGAUAUGCUUAAUAUUUACAAAGUUAUGAGUGAAAAUAUAUCAACUGCAAUAAUGAGUAAUGGCGAACAAGUAACGAAACAACCAUUAAUCAAGAAUAUGAGGACUGUUAAAAAAGAAAUACUCACUUUAAUUUCAAGUUGGGUGCAUAGGUCAACUGAUGCUACAAUGGUGGCAGAAAAUUUCAUUCCUCCACUUCUUGAUGCUGUGCUGUUGGAUUAUCAAAGAAACGUUCCAGCAGCAAGGGAGCCUGAAGUUUUGUCUACAAUGGCUACAAUUGUUCAUAAAUUAGAAGGAUCCAUUACAAAAGAUAUCCCUCAAAUCUUUGACGCCAUUUUCGAAUGCACUCUUGAGAUGAUUAAUAAAGACUUUCAAGAAUAUCCCGAUCAUAGAACAAAUUUCUUCCUAUUCUUAGAAGUUGUAAACUCUUACUGCUUUGAAGCCUUUCUGAAUAUUCCCCCUGCUCAAUUCAAACUUGUCUUAGACUCAGUAAUUUGGGCAGUUAAGCAUACUAUGCGUAACGUAUCCGAUACUGGUUUGAAUAUUUUGCAUACCAUGCUUCAAAAUAUCAGUAACGAAAAGGAAGCAUCUCCAAGCUUUUAUCAAACGUAUUAUACUGAGAUAAUUCAGCAUAUAUUUAGUGUAUUGACAGACAGUUCUCAUUCGGCAGGUCUGCCUCAUCAUUCCCAGAUAUUAUCUUACAUGCUGGGUCUCCUGGAAACAAACAAAAUCUCCGUUCCAUUAUCAGUAGAUGUGACUGAUCCUUCACAAAACGUCGCUUAUAUUCAAUCUUUCCUGGCCAAUGUUUUGAAAGGAGCCUUCCCUCACCUAAACGAUAUGCAGAUAAAAGUAUUUGUAGAAGGUCUAUUUAGCUUUAAUCAAGAUUUGAACGCUUUUAAGGAACACUUGAGAGACUUUUUGGUUCAAAUUAGAGAGUAUUCUGGUGAGGAUAACAGCGAUUUGUUUUUGGACGAGCGAGAAGCAGCCAUGAGAGCUGCUCAAGAAACCAAGUUGAAAGCUCAGAUGGCUGUUCCUGGUAUUCUCAACCCACACGAAAUACCCGAGGAAAUGCAAGACUAG